GAUGGGCGGAGGGAACGAUUUGGGGUUGGGGCUUGGGGGGUUAAAAUUUGAAUUCAGAUGUUCUUUUAUCACUACUUGGUGGGAGGAUCCGUGGUGAUGGUACGAUGGUGGAGUGGAGUGCAGUGGAGUGGUGUGGUUUUUUUCCAUUGUUUCCAUUGUUUGUAUUAUUUUGCUUGAUCAUACAUGAUGUGUGUACUUACUCGUGUUCAGCCUACCUGCUUCUUACUUACCUUAUGUACUUACUUACCGUUGUAAAACUACUUACUUAUGAUAGCAUGAUAGCAAUGUAUUGUACUUUUUAUUUUCUUUCUCCGGUGGUGAGGGUGACUGAUGAGUGAUAUAUCGCGCACUGGCCACGAAUCCCCAGAGGCGGUCGGGACGGGGCCGGGGCCACAGUACAGCCACAGUCUCUACAGCCAAAGGGAC